AGUAAAUGCCUUGCAACUAAGCUAACAAGAAUUUUGGCGGUAACUUGGAUGUAGACGACGUUUGCGUCUUGCAUACAUAUUUAUAUACACGUAGUAGAAAAAAUGGAAUGGCAGUACCUAAAAAACGCAGCACAUGAAAACUUUGAGAGGAAUGAGGAAGUAACUAUAGUUCUGGGCAAUGAAACUUGUGAUGUUGAUUCUGCAGUGUGCUCACUAGUGUAUGCGUAUAUAAGGCAGGGCCUUAGCACUGUGUUGCAAGAAACCAAACACUAUAUACCUGUGCUUAAUAUAAAUGAAGAAGAUAAAGUACUCAAAGCUGAAGUAUUCUAUUUUCUUGAAAAAUAUGGUGUACCAGUUGACUGCUUACAAUUUAGGGAUACAAUAGACCUCAAACAUAUCAAGUCAUAUACACAUUUGGAAGUCAUAUUAGUUGACCAGCAUACUUUAUCAGAGAGGGAUCUAUGGCUGAAGUCACAUGUGGCAGAAGUUAUUGACCAUAGACCUUUAGACCCAGACUGGGAUUGGAAGAAUACUUCGAAAACAGUUGAAUCUGUUGCAUCCUGUGCAACUUUGAUAGCAGAGAAAGUUAUAAAUCAAGAUGCACUUCCAGUUCCUCGUAGUAUGCUCAUACUGUUAUAUGGUGCAAUACUUUUAGACACAUGGUGUUUUGCAGAAAAUCCCAAAUUAUAUACUGAGAAGGAUAAAAUAAUUGUGGAGGAGCUAUACAGAAAAAUCAACUACCCAACUUUUGUGGGUCUUUUGAAGGAUGAAGAGUUAAUUGAUGGUGACCAUUUAUUUGAAGACCUUUUGUCUGUUCGUUGCAAUUUAACACACUUGACAGUACCACAGAUACUGAAGAAAGACUUAAAAAUUUCAUGUGGAAUACCAAUUCCUGUGCUUCCUGUUCUAGUUCAGGAAUUUUUGAAAUUACAUGCUAUUGAGGAACUGCAGAAGUUCACAAAUGAUUUUGCAUAUAAAGGCAUUAUCUUAAUAGGAGUAACAUUUUCAAAUGGCAGAUAUGCACAAGACAUAGCAGUAUUCUCAACAGACAAAUAUUUCUUGGACUUGAUGACAGAUACAUUGGUUGCCUCAAGAGACCCUGACCUCCAGCUGAACGAAGUGACAGUCUACACUAACAUGGAGUACAUAAAAGUCUUCACACAACAGAAUUUUAAAGCAACUAGGAAACAAAUUCUGCCCAUUGUGAGGGAAUUUAUGAGACAUUUCCUAAGUCCUCCAGCAGAAGGUUGAAUCCCGUGUCUCCAUUAUAGGCAGGGAUGUGUGUUUUCAUUUGGUUUUCCAUUUAAGAACAGAUAUGUUGAUUUUCUUUUAGUAUUGCUACUAAUGCAUGCCAAAUUAGUAAUAUUGUAGAGAGACAUUGAAAGUAAGAAUUGUACUGUAAUUUGUAUCCCUAUAUACCUUAAGUGUUUUUCUUUUUCAGUGUUGGAAUGUUAGUUGUCUUGUGUUAAUGUAGUGUUACCUUGACUCUCAUCUGCCUAUGAACAAGCCUUUUUAAAAAUUUUCAUUGACUAUAGCAUCCGUGCCUUAGUGAUCCCUUAGUUUGCUGUUAUUACACAACAUAUAUAAGUCAGGUACAGUAAAUAUUAACUAUGACUGCAUUACAUUACACAAAUUAUUGAGUAGAGGAGGUUCUAAGAUGAAGAAUGAAGUCAAAGAUGGAAAUUUCAUUUCAGUGCAAUACAAAAAAUUACAUAAGGUUAUAAAAUAUUAUAAUAUUGCAGUGCUAAUAUGAAUUAUGUGAUAACCAAAUGCAUUCGUUUUAAGAACUCUUGUUGGGACAUUCUUUGAUGGUUUAGAAAUAAUUGGCCAAUAGAAUGUUUUUAACUUGCUCUUGAAGUUCACUGUAAUACACAGAAUAUAUUUAAUGUGCUGUGUUAGAUUGUUAAAUACAUAUAUCCCAAUUUAUGUGAUAUUAUGUACUAAUAUUGUAACUUUGUAGAAAGUGUAUUUGGCUGUAAGAUUGUGAAAAUACUUUGUACUAUGCUUUUACAAGAGAAACACUGCAUUACUGAGUAUAUGUAUUGUUAUUGUCUGAUAGUGUUCAAAAUACCAAGCUUUCUAAAUAGUUCUCUGCAGGGCAUCAUGAGACUAUUCACAGGUUCAGUUCUCAUAGCAUUCUUCCUUUUUCAGUAAAUCAUGCAGCUGAACUGCAUUGAGUCUAGGGUGUGUUUUUUUCCAAUUCAGGUUGUGAUUUGUCCGUAGUGAAUAAGUGAAUUUCAUCUACUGCCCGUAUUUUGUUGUUUGAGUAGACUACAACUAGGUGGUACAUUUUUGUGCACAUAUAGAUCAUGUUUUGUAUUUUAAUUGAAUCUUUUUUUAUUUAAGUAUACAAUGCAUAUUCCAUCAAAUUUGACCCACUCUCUGAGUAAAUAUAAAGCAACAAAAAGAAGAUAACUACACAAUACACUUGAUAUGGUCACAUAUUCACAUUCUUAAAAUAAGUUAAAGAGAAGAUGAAACUUCUUAUCUGAUUCUUAGUAGCAUGCUGGAGCACACCAUCCACCCAAGUGUUAACAGAACUGUGUGUGAUCCACUGUGUACAUAUAAGUUACUUCUUUAUGACUGAUAAGCAACCAUUGAUAAGAUGAAACAUACAGAAAGGAAGGUCACUGUUUCUAUACAGCAACAAUAUGCUCAAAAUUCUUUGUUAUUAUUACACAUCACAUACCAAAUUUAAUCAUACAUUUACCCACUGCCAUGCCAGUCUUGCCUUUUAUCAGUACUCUCAGAUUUCCUACAUAAAGCUUUUCACAAAUAAUUAUCUUAUUCUUAUUGUUUUCUAACCCACUCAUCUACCAUUAACUUAUCAUUUCAUCAUCAUCAUGAAUUAUGUCACUCUUAGGAGUAUAAUCACAACAGAUUCUAUCUAUUCAGAUCUCACUCUGGACAGAUCAGUAGUCAGAGAGUUGUUUUGAUUGAUACAUAGCAUAGUAGAAGAUUAGUAAACAGUGUGGAAAGCUGAAGAACAAAACAGUACUGCAGCAGCUUGGUGCCCCAUGCAUGUCACUGCACACACACACUAAAGGCUAGUGAAUUCCUUGAGGUGUGUUUUCGCACAGCUGAUAGCUUCUCUACUAAUAUUUUUGAAGUUCACUUUUUUCUUCCCCUAAUGGGCCCUAUAUUCACAGUCUUUAUCAGAGUUUUCAUUUCCACCAACAGCGUAGGCUUCAAUAUUUUUAACCAAGUAUCCUCCAAUGUUUUCUCCAGUAUUUUAUCUAACUUCUCUGUCAUUUCUUUUUGUGAUUCUUUAACAGAUACUACAUUACCUGACAUAAUUUCAGAUUUAGCCUGUGCCUCUUUUAGUGAUUUUCUAACUUCUUCACCAAUUUCUUCCAUUUUCAUUAAUAGAUAUUGUAACAUAUUUUGUGCUCCCUUUUUUUCACGUAGUUCUUUCUUUAUCCAUGGUUCUGAUUUAACUGAACUUUCUUUUACACUUUCUGUAACAGGUUUCAUUU